AUGUCCACCGUGGUCAUCAUCACCGGUUUCACGGAUGAGCAAACGGAUGAGAUCGAGCAGCUGGCGCAGGCGCUGGACGUGACGAUCGAUCGUGGAUAUCGUCCCGGGUCGCACUUCGACGUGUGUCUGGCGGCGGCGACGACGACGCUCAAGUACGACGUGGCGAGACAGCUGAGGAAACCGGUCGUCACGGUGGGUUGGUUGCGAGCGAGCGCGCAAGGAAAAAGGUUGGUAGCGCUAGAUCGUUUCAUGGUACCACCGUUCUUGGGAUGUGUCGUGUCGAUCACGGGAUUUAUGGACCUGACGCAUCGAGAGCGAUUGAAGUUGGAGGUGGAGCAGAACGGCGGAACGUUUUCGCCAGAUUUAGUCCAGGGAAAGUGCACACAUUUGAUCGCGUUGAAACCGGAGGGUGGCAAGUAUAAAAGUGCACUGAAGUGGGGCAUAAGAAUCGUGAGUCAAAAAUGGUUGGACGACUGCGUGAGAGCGAAGGCAAACGUCGGCGAAGCGUGUUACCCGGUGGUGCAGCAGAGAGUUGUUGCACCGGAAGUGGUUAAGUGGGUGCCUCCUCAAUUGUUAGAAGACGACACGCCUUGGGACUCAAAUCAUCUAUUCGGUUGUCGUCUUUACAUGGUCGGUUUUGACGCACACGAACGAGAGACGAGAAAUCAAGAGAAGAAGAAUCUCAUGCACGAGGAUACGUUUGAAAAGAUGAAACUAGUUCGUCAAGGGGCGGGGAUCACCACAAAAGACAUGAACAAGGCGACUCACAUAGUCAUUAGUGAGCAUGCGAGUGCGGUUGAUUAUUAUCGGGUCCGCAUGGAGCGAGAUCGCUGCGUGACGGCAGCGUGGCUUGUGGCGUGCGCACGCGAGAGCAAGUGCUUACCGAUGGAAGAUUACUUGAUUGAAGACAAAAUCUGGGAGGAGAAUGUCAACAAAACCAUAUCAAAUCGACGAACCGAUUCAGGGAUACAAUCUACCAGGUCGCUAUCGAGCGAACGUCGUGAUGAGAUCGAAGAAGGUAACCGAGGUAACCGAACGAGUCGAUUGAAUCCGGGCGCGAAGCAAGAUAUUCGACAACCCGAGAUCGUGACGAGAGAUCAAAAUCCGCUCGCGCGCGAGAAUUUAUCUCGAGUUCAAGUGCCUGAGACGUCUAAAAUGACAGGAACAGAGCUGCCUGCGACGGAACCGAUUCGUUUCGAUAGACAGGACGAGUCUGGCCAGCCGACGUCAGAUAGUAUUCCGUUCGUCGGUAAGCGAAUCGCGUUGUCUCCUCUUUUGCAAGAAGAUGAGGCUUCGGCGGCACGUGAUUACAUCGGUCAAGGUGGGGGGUCAGUAAUUGACUCGCGUACUGGUAGAGAGUUCAUGAACGCUGACUACAUGGUGUGCCCAUCAAUGCCGAGCGCGGAUGAGCGAAGGACGCUCAGGAAGAUGGCGCUGGGCAAGAUGGAACUUGUGACGUGCUUUUGGUUGGACGAAUGCCUGAAGCAAAGCUGCAUUCUUUCUCCCGAAAAUUCGGUGGCUUUCAAACCACUUCCGUGCGACGUACCGAUCCCAGGUUUGAGUGGGGGUAGUAUUCGUAUGAGCACGUCAAACUAUACCGAGGAUACAAAGCGUGAGAUUCGCAUGAUGUGUGUGCUCGUUGACGCGAAGUAUUCAGACCAACUGAGUCGAGCGAAAAACACCCAUCUAUUGUCACCGGUAGCUUCCGGUAAGAAGUAUGAAGCUGCGAUGAACUGGGGUCUUAAAGUUGCCACUCGCGAAUGGUUGGAAACGUGCAUCAAAUCUGGAAAGCUUGUGGACGAGUCCGAAUUUAAGCCAAAGUCUGGCGAAUCGAAUGCGGAACCUGCAGCCGGUGAAACUCACGCGGAGAUUCAAGCGGCUGCAAAGAAAGCUUUCGCGCCUCAAGUCGUUGGAAAAGAUCUUUCCGGGUUAUUACAACCCUCUGCAUCUCCGCUGCAUACGACGAAACCUUCCACGCCGAGUACGAUCGCGAAGAGCAGCCCAAGCGGCGACAGUAGAAUGCCCAAGUCGACUGGUUCUCGUGGGAAAACACCGCUCUCACGCACCGCAUCGGGCGUGACGCCUGGAAGUAAACGACUGAAAACGCUGACCGGGCGACCGAGCGCGGGCGAGCAAACGGAGGCGCUGUUCGAUCAGGUGAUGCAAAAUAUGGAACCCAGGGAUGAAAACACCGAUAUGCCUAAACCGCUCGGUUUUCCGACGCCCGUGAAUCGCUCUACCGUCACGAGGACGGUAAAGAAUGCGAUGGGCGCGUCCAGUCUCCAACUGUCUCAAAUGGAUAAUAAGCACGAGACGCAGUUCGGGUAUGCAGAUUACAAGCAAAACUCUCCGCGCACCAAGAGUGAAAAGCGCCCCGACGGCAACGACAAACUCAACACGCUGUUCGCGACGCAUAACAACGCCUCAGCGCGCACGCCAUCUCAGGGCGACAAUCAAGAAUUAGAUGAUUGGAUUUAA